CUUUCGUUGUUUAGGUGAGUGGAGCCUGGAGCGUACUGAAGAAGAACAUUUUAGCUCUGCGUGCUCUUCUAAAAGUCGCCAUUAUCGUCAAUCUCGCAGGAGGGUCACGAAGAUCAUGGGUCUCUUCUCUUCAAAGGGUUUUUUGUUUAAGAAUGCACCAGUAUUUGCUCUUGGAUACUACACAAAUGAUGCUUUAACCCCUAAUGCAAAGAAACUAAUCAAAGAAGCCGAACAGUGCUUGGCUCAAGGCAAGUCCUUAGUAAAGAUGCGUGAGGCUGAGGUGGCUGAAGCCGAGUCCAUAGUAAAGAGGGCUAAGUCUGAGCUCGCUGAGGUGAAAAAAAUGAGAAAGAUUAUGCUCGAUCCAUUUAAUGCUAGGUUGGAGGAGUUGAUAGAAAUGAAACAGGCCGAAGGACAUUUGCAAGAAGAAACUGAGCGAAGUUACAUACGAGGAAAUGGAUCUGAAGAAGCUUUCUGAUUUGGUGCAGAGAGUGAAGGCAGAAUAUGAACUCUUCAAAAGCUAAGUAGCUCAAGCUUUUGAUGAUCUGACCUUGGUUAAUUCUUAACUUUUGAGUUCUGUUAGUAAUAGGAAAUGGUAAUCCUGAAUAUGAGUAACAUUAUCUAGUUUGUUUUGUUGUUAGUAAUGUAAGCUUCAACACCUCAAACCUAGUCCAGCAACAAAGCAAGUUGGGCUUUGACAACAAUAAGCCCACUGCAGUCUGCAAUAUGCAUCUUGCUUUAGCUGGUAACGGUAACAUUGAACAGUCCUUGUCGCCAUGUGCUCAGUUCCGUACGACUAAAGCUCCAAAGACAGCUCACACUACAAUACAAACUGUGAACCGCUUCUCUGCCCUUACAUCACCGAUCCUGUGCAACUGAUGGUGACAUUUUGGCAGAGAUCUACCUACUCUUGUAACCCAUUAGGUUUACAUCGUUUUCACUAUAAAAAGACAAUGUAAUGCAAUCGUUAUCAACAAGAAUGAAGAUACACUUUGAGCC